AUCGGUCACGGCGGAUUUCCGACGCUUAACGUCUAAUAAAUUGAAGCAUCGGGGCAUUCAGUUCACAGCUUUCUAACAUUGUCGAUGCAGGUUUCAGAGGUUUCCAACGUCUUUGACUUUGCCGUUUACCUUUGAAACGAUAGCACUGGACUGGAAUCAUCGAGAUGAAUCCAAAUAGAUGGUUUGGCUUAAUUGUGGCCGGACUGUGUUUUACCUUAAGCUUUGUUUUGUCAGGUGGUCAAGAGCUUCUUUGUACCAAACCUACGGAUUUAGGCAUUCUAUUGGAUACCUCAGCAGCCCUGGAAAGCAAAUGGCAGAAUGUUCUUCGAUUCACUACGACAUUGAUUGAAGGAUAUGAUAUUGGUUCAAUGAAGACCAAAGUCAGCAUUGCUACAUUUGGUGGAGGCAACCGACAAGUCAACUUAAGAUUUGAUUCCCUUGAAGGACGCAAUCUUACUAUGCAAGCAGUCAAAGAUGAAAUUUCUGAUAUCACUGUAACCAGAAAAUCAGAAAGAUUCGUCGACGAAGCACUGGCAUUUGCUAAUAACGAAAUGUUUAGCACUGAGAAGGGAAUGAGGGAUGACCAAACAGUAUCGAGGGUUUUAGUGGUCUUUCUCAAUGGUCGUCACACUAAAAGUCCUGGAAAACCAUCUGUUYCUCUGAAUCUUGCAACCAAAAAUCUUCGCAUAAAAGGGGUCGAUAUUUUUGCUGUGGGCAUACCGGAGGUAUCUGGAGUUGAUUUCAAUGAGCUAUCUGACAUUGUUACCAAACCAGAAAAUGCAAUGACAGCAAGAAAAUACGAGGAAGCAGCAAUUUUAGCUGAAGACGUGGCAAAGAUGGCUUGUGGUAUUAAAAUUCUUGUGGUAAGUAUGUAUUGGGCCAGUUGCCAUAAACAUCCGUAUUCCAGGUUUUAAUUCUUUUUGUGACUGAAUUGUUUGUCAAAUGAUUGCUUGACAAAUUCUGGUCAAAGCAAUGAAUUUUGCAUCGGUAAAUUGCCUUGUUCAUUAAUAUACAUCCAUGGUAUUUGGAAGGUGUCACAUAGAGAUGCCAUUAAUAAUGUCAUUCUAUUGUUUGAGUUCAUGUCAACAGUAAAACAGGGUUUUACUGUACAGCUUUACAUACUUUAUGAGUUAUUCAAUAUUGCAAUGUUGUAUUAUAUGCUUAUGAUAUUGAAUUAUACAUGCUCUUAUUGCUUGUUAUGAAGGCUGUAUUGAAACAAACUAUAUUCUGCUAUAU